UCGCCGAGGCUGUCGCGUCUCCGGCGCGCGAGGCGUGGGGAGCUCGGGAGGCCGCCAGCGCCUGCGUCGCCCGGCGAGCAAGACAGGCUCCUUGCCUUUUCGAGCCCCUCGGUGGGACGUCUGUCCCCUUCAGAAUGAAGGUCUUCUUGCCGGUGCUGCUGGCUGCCCUUUUGGGUGUGGAGCGAGCCCACUCCCUGAUGUGCUUCUCUUGCGUGAAUCAGCAAAGCAAUUUCUACUGCCUGAAGCCAACCAUCUGCUCUGACUCGGACAACUACUGUGUGACCAUAUCUGCUGCCGCUGGCGUUGGGAAUGUUGUGGACUUCGGCCACACCCUGAACAAGGGCUGCUCCCCAGUCUGCCCCGGCCCAAGCAUCAAUCUCGGCGUGGCGUCCGUGGGCACCCAAUGCUGCCAAAGCUUCCUGUGCAACUUCAGUGCAGCUGACGGUGGGCUGCGGGCCAGCGCCACCCUGCUGGGCCUUGGGCUGCUGUUCAGCCUGCUGCCGGCUCUGCUGCGGCUGGGCCCCUGACCAUUUGGAUCCUGUGCCUCCCACACUCCCCCCAGCUCAGGAAGGAAAGCCCAGCCCCUCCCAGAUCCCUGGAGGUUAUCAGAGCCUCCUCACUGUGCCUGAUCCCACCCCCUUGGCCCUGGGUCCCCAAGGCCAGGCCCAACCCCUGCCCCUGCCCCAAGUGGGGCCAGCUGCCCUCAUUUCCCUGGUCAAUAAUGUGACCUUCCUUGGGGGACCAGGAAAAGGAUGAGAGUCCCCCCUGGAGGCUUAGGUCCCGGGAUCAGGACUGGUCCCUUGGACACACUGGGAGGGCCACCUAAGCCUCAGGUGUCGUUGGCACUGGCAGGCUGUGCCAGAUGGCGGGGGAGGGAGUCCUGUGAGUGGGGUGGUCUGUGGUCGUGGGUGCCAGCCAUGCUCAGCCAUGUGGGUGGGUGGGCCGCACUGUGUGUGUGGGAGUGUGAGGCCCUGUCUGAGCUGCAUUUGGGGGACUGUAGCGGGUCAGAGUCCCUGGUCCAGCACCAGCAGCCUGGAGAACCGUGAACCCCACUGGAGCCCUGUUCCCUGGCAUUUCUGCACCCAUGUUGUACUCACUGCAACGGGGGCCUUUGAGGGGCCUGGGGUUCUGCUGCCACCAGGUCCAGGCUCCACCCCCAAAUCCAGCUGAGUCCCCGCCCCCGCCCCCAACCCCACACUGGAGCCCUCCUGCUGCUUUGGUGCCUCAAAUAAACACAGAUU